GUGUCACAUUAAAAAUAUUUUCUUUCCUAUUUUAGUGAAAUACUUUAUUCUAAUUUGUAAAAUGAAAGAAAAGCCCCAUAGAAGUAGUUCUACGCUGUUUUAAAUGAGAGUUUUAGCUGUUUAGCUCCAUUCAGCGCGGUGAUGGGGUGUAAUGUGAUAUGGAGGGGGCGGAGCUCUACAUUACCCGAAUGAGGCUGAGCUUCGGGCUCUGCAGUUCUUUCGCAGCGCCUGAGGAGGAAGAGCAGGAUCAGCUGAAUUACAGAAGAAUAAACAACCAGGAUAUUUAAUAAAGAGCAAUGUUAAACUGCUGAAAGAGGUGAAGCACAAGCCGUCCAGAAGAAUCUCCUGAAAACGCAGAAAUUGUUUGCUGCAUUUCACAGACAGAUGGAGCCAAGUCCCAACAUGGAGAAACAUCAGCACUCUGUCAAGAGUUUUACUAAACAGAGUGAUAUCAAAAAACACCAGCGCAUUCACACAGGAGAGAAACCACAUCACUGCUCAGACUGUGGGAAGAGUUUUACUAAACAGAGUCAUCUCAAAAAACACCAGCGCAUUCACACAGGAGAGAAACCGUAUUACUGCUCAGACUGUGGGAAGAGUUUUAAUCAACAGAGUGCUCUCAAAAUACACCAACGCAUUCACACAGGAGAGAAACCGUAUCACUGUUCAGACUGUGGGAAGAGUUUUACUGAACAGAGUCAUCUCAAAAUACACCAACGCAUUCACACAGGAGAGAAACCGUAUCACUGCUCAGACUGUGAUAAGUGUUUUACUACACAGAGUAAUCUCAAACUGCACCAGCGCAUUCACACAGGAGAGAAACCGUAUCACUGCUCAGACUGUGGGAAGAGUUUUACUAAACAGAGUAAUCUCAAAAAACACCAGCGCAUUCACACAGGAGAGAAACCGUAUCACUGCUCAGACUGUGGGAAGAGUUUUACUUUACAGAGUGAACUUAUAUUACAUCAGUGCAUUCACAAAAGAUAGAAAAGUAUCCCAAAUCUGUUCCUCUGCCAUAAAAAUGCAAACCUUAAAUCUUUCAGACAGCCAAAAACACCUCAUCAUGCACAAAAUCUUCACUCUGUUACAAGAACUUCAUUUAAAAAUGGCUUUUUACAGGUUCAGAAAAAUGAAUCUUAUCCAGAGAUGAUGUUUACUGAAUUUCAUGCUGUGUUUUUAUGUAUGUUUGUAUACCUACAUUAGUUAAUGCCUGCAGAGCUCUUCAACACUUAGUGUUGUGUUUUAAGAAGUUUUUACACACAGAAUCAUAAAUGGUACCACUAACAGCAUAAACUAGGAACAUACAUUUUUACAAUUUUUUCAGUGAUAUGCUGAAUAAAUAGUAAAGCGAUGAUGCUAGCUCAGAGUAAAAUCGUAUAUUAAAUCUCAGCAUUAGCUUUAGAACUAAUAAUAAACAAAAGUGAGGAUUUUAUCAUUCUGGGACAUUUUUAGGUUUAAAAAUUGAAUAUGCUUUGCCAUAAGUAGGAAAUGAUCAUUUGGUCAACUUAUGUCAUUUACAGCCUUAACACAUUCUCAAUUGUUUAAAUAUAAAAACUUUCUUUAUUUUUUCCUCCACUCCACAUUUGUAGUUUGUAGUUGGAGCGAGGGCACUGCCAGUGUUUGCUCCAGAUGUUAGAUUAGCAUUACUUAGUCUUUUAAAAUUUAGAUGUCGUAGUUUAAAGGAGUAGAGUAUUCUUAAGAGUAGAGAAUAUUCUUAGCUUGCAACAAAAGGCCAACAAAAUCCUUUUCAGAGUUAAAAAAAAAACAAAAAAAAAAAAACGGUCUAGCUGUAGUUUCCAUACUGAAAGCAACACUCAGCAGGCUGUGCAGCAGUAAGACUGCAGGAUCCUUGAUUCCCUCUACUGCACAUGUGUCAAACACAAGGCCCGCGGGCCAAAUGUGGCCACAUCCAAGCGAGAGCUUGUAAGAUCUUAGUGUCUAUAAUAAAUAGGUCAGAAGCGUUCUUUGACCAAAAACUACAUUUCCCACAAUGCUUGUCGAUUGUAUUAUCCGCGAAGUUACGGCUUACUGCCACUACACGGCAGUGUAGUCAUUGAUGUGGAAACCCUGCCGGAGGGAAGGCGUAACUUCGCGGGUGGAAUUGAGACAUACAAACGUUUAUCCCAUAAUGUCCAGAAAAAGAGAAGUUGAUGCAGACGGACGGUUGUGCUUCAAGGCGAAAGACCGGUAUGCCUUUUGUGUUACGAAGAGUGUUACUGACCAAAAUAAACGCUUUUUAGAAGAGAUAUAAGUUCUGUGUAAAUAUUUAUAAGACAAUAUAAAUAUUAAUAUUAAUAAACAAUCAUUUUAAUAAACAUCACUGUGACAGCGCUAGUCACAGUUUCACCACAGCAAAGGACGAGGACGUGAAUCACUUAUCUAACCAGCCUGUACUGAUUUCUGCCCCCAAUAACCCUUUCAAUAACCUCCAAUAGCCUUUAAUAGUCUUCAGUAGCCUUCAACAGUCUAACCUUGCAGCCGUGGUGUGUUCUAAACUCCGUAGUUAUAAACAUCCUGAGGUUAGCAGCGCGCUAACUGACCUGUUUAUAAUGUUAUCCGAGCAGUGACUCCGUGACGGCUGCUGUUAGCUGCUUGGGCUGAAAGAUGAACUGUAGAGAGUUGUAUUAUUCGGUUAGUGGGGUUAAAAUCUUUAUUUUCUACACAGAAGAAUUUUAAAAACUGUAAAAACGCUCCAGACUGACUCAGCUGAGCCCUGUAGCCCGUGGCUGGGCUGUAGCUCUGACUGAGUAAAGACUGCGGGCUUGUGCUGCUGCUGCUGCAGCUCCCACUAGUGGUUGGAUGAGGAACUGCUAAAUCUGAGGAAAUGCUAAAUCUGUCACAUGUUCUUAACAGCUCACAAUGUUUAAUUUUAUGUUUAUUAAGCCUUAUUUCAGUAUCCAACGUUUUGAUCAAAGUUAAUAGAACUUGUAUUUUAUGUCAUUCCUAUUCACUUGAAUAGUUUGGUUCUUGAUUGAUGGAGUUUUUGGAUUUCAUAACAUGACAAAUUAAAAGGAUUUAUGUUAAUAGAGCAACAAGCAAACAUUUUUUUCCAUGCAACUGUAAUAUUUGAUUGAAUAAAUAGUAUAUUGAGAGUUAUUUAACAUUAAGGAGUAAUUACAUUCAUUUUAUAUCACAUUUGGUUACAUUUUAUUACAUUUAUAAGUUACAUCUGGCCCUCAGUGGACAGCCAAUAUGCCAAUGUGGCCCUCGGCCAAAAUGAGUUUGACACCCCUGCUCUACUGGUUUUCUCAUUGGUCUAUGGUUCAGUCAGUCUGAUUAAAAAUCUGCAAGUUAAUCUACAGGGAUAUUUGGUUGUGUUGUGUUGCUAAAGUUAUAUACUCUGUUAUCUUUUCCUUAUUUGGUAUCAUUUUGCUAAAGGUUUUUUUUUAUAUCUCUAAAGGUACUAAAAAUAUCUAAUCCAUUUACUUUAUUGAUUGUUUUAUCCAGUACCAGCUAUUAUCGUUGUUUUACAUCACCUUAUGUAUUUACUCAUAUUCAUAUCUAUGUGAUUCAAUAAAAGGCUUUUAUAUUGCAAGAUCUGCAAUCUUAUCUAUUCUUUCAACUUAAGCAUUUAGCCAAAAGCUUUUGUACACAGCCAAACAUACAUUCAAGCAACCACUAUAUACAGUGCCUUGCAAAAGUAUUCGGCCCCCCUUGAACUUUUCAAAAUUUUGCCACAUUUUGGGCUUCAAACAUAAAUAUAUGAUUUUUUGUUUGUUUUUUGUGAAGAAUUAACAAGUGUGUAAGAAUACGGAGGAGUUUUGCCUUACUAUGUUCAUUGUUCAUUGAUUAAAGGGUUAAUCUGUGUGUAACUAAAUCAGCAUUUCACUUAAUCAGUAUGUUAUUCAAGCAUUUAGCACGAUUCAUGAUGAUUCACAUUGUGACUUAGAAUGUAUGUAUAUUGUGUCCUUGUGCUCAAAGCAAGGCCGUUUUUCUUGCAACUUAGCAUGAUUGAUUUUUUUCCAGCAGAACCAUGAGUUUCUGUACAUGUAAUCUAUAGUCUGAUAAGGUUGGGGUGACCGAGUUCUCGGCUGACGUAUAGGAUGAAUAACUGCUUAUCAGUAUCAGGAUCCGGGGGGUGUGAGGAGCCUCCUCACACACAAUUAGACUGAGGCCAGGCGAAUGCCUGUAUUUAUUGUCUAGGAAGAAGAGUAGAGUUGGGCGGGAGAGCUUCUCCCGAGAGGGACUACAGAGCCACAGGUCCUGUUCACACAGCCGAGAACUCUGGAAACCCCAACUUUUCUCACCUUUGGGGUUUUCCUCUUAUUUUCACCUUUUUAUUUCAAUUCAAUUUUUCAAUAAUCUUUUUACUCAAUUUUUGAUGUAUCCAAAAAAACAGUUUUGCUCAGAAGAUUCUUUGAAUAAAAUCUGACGGAACUACAA